AGCCGAGUUCCGGGCUGAGGUGCUGCAGAGGAAGCGGGAGGUACGGCAAUCCCAGGAGGACUCUGCGGAGCUGGCGGAGGAGCACCGGCGCCUGAUGGCCUGGAACGAGGCGGAGAAUGCCCGGCAGCGGGAGCGCAGGGAGGAAAGAAUUAGGAAAGAAGAGGAAGAACAGAAGAGGAAGAAGUUACAAGCUGUGGAGAACCAGGCCAGAAUAAUGGAGGCUUUCCUGAAGGAGAAGGAGAAGGAGGUUCUCCAGCUGCAGGAGGAAGCCAAAACGUUCAUCACCCCUGAGAACCUGGACGCGCGGAUCGAGGAGUGCCUGGACAACCCUCGCAACUACAACUUUGCCAUUGACAAGGAUGGGCGGAUCGUCAAACGGACGGUGUUGUCUUAA